AUGGCUAAGGCAGCUAGUAGUAGACGUGCGCGUACCCAGGCUUCAUCUCUCAAUAUACCAAGACAGAAUUCAAUAUCUGAUAAUGGAAGAACAAAACAAAUUCCUAGUUGUGAAAUGCUAGCAGCAAUGAACAAAGAACAACUUCGAGCUGAAUGCAGAAAAAGAGGACAGCGAUCUUCUGGCAACAAGAAUGAACUGCUCGCCCGUCUCGGGUACUACAAGCUGGCGGCCGCGGUGCAACAGAACGACGUGGAGCCGCGCGCGCGCAACGGUCUCCACUCCCCACAAAAGGAGGCCAAAAUUAAAACGGUCCAAAUGGACACCGAUAGUUUGGUGCUUUGGAGGCGGCCUCUAACAACGCUGGAGUAUUUCUUUAAAGAACUUCUUAUAUUGAUCUCAACAGGGUUACAAAAGCUGCUAGCUUACAGAAUACUAGCGUUAACAAUUAUUUUGCUGACGGUCGGUACAGUUAUAUCGUACUAUGUCAGUGGACCACAUCAACCUUAUGUUCAGGUAACGGUGGCGACUCUAGCGUGGUGGGGUUGGUGGGUGAUACUGGGUGUGUGCAGUUCGGUCGGGUUGGGAACUGGAUUGCACACGUUUCUACUCUACCUUGGCCCUCACAUAGCGCGAGUCACUCUGGCUGCGUAUGAAUGCGGUUCGCUCAAUUUCCCUGAACCUCCAUAUCCUAACGAUAUAAUAUGUCCGACGGAGACAGUCGCUGCCGGUGCGGUGACAAUAUGGAGCAUAAUGUCCAAAGUGCGCAUCGAGUCGAUGCUGUGGGGCGUUGGUACAGCGUUAGGAGAACUUCCGCCGUACUUUAUGGCACGGGCAGCUCGACUCUCUGGUGGGUCGCUAGCUGAAGUUACCGAGAUCGACGCUGAUGAUACAAGAACUGGCAGGGCGAAAGCGAUGGUGCAGAAACUAGUACAGCGAGUCGGUUUCGUGGGUAUCCUCGCUUGUGCUUCGAUCCCCAACCCACUGUUCGACCUCGCGGGACUCACUUGUGGGCACUUCCUCGUGCCCUUCUGGACUUUCUUCGGCGCCACUGUACUGGGGAAGGCGGUUAUCAAGAUGCAUAUUCAGAAGAUGUUCGUCAUUAUAGCGUUUAAUGAGACGUUAGUUGGGCAAGUUUUGGCGUGGGUAGAAAGGAUACCAUAUAUCGGGCCGAAGCUAGAGGCACCUCUACUAGAAUUUCUGCGAAAUCAGAAGGCGCGUUUACACAAAAGGGACCCUUCCUCAUCGCUACCAGAGAAUCAAGGAUCGAUUUUAUCGAGCAUUCUAGAGAAAUUCGUUUUAGCUAUGGUUUUGUACUUCGUUGUGUCGAUAGUGAACGCACUCGCGCAAAAUUACAGUAAACGAGUUGGCAAGAAGAAGGGGAAGAAAAGAGAAUAG